AGUUUGCCACCGCCGCGAAACACACAGAAGAAGAUGGGGCGUAAGCCCCGCCCUAGUGACACGGCGCAUGCGCACACACAUACACACCUUCCGUGCAGCAACAGACGAGACCAGAAGAAACCGAGAAGAAAAAAGAAAGAAUGACCUCUUUUUUUUUCCAGAGACUGGUUGAAAUGAUACAUUUCCGGUAGGUUGGCCCACUACCACUUGUGCUCAAGGCUAACGUAACUGGGUGGAGACGACCACGCGGAUUGCGCGUCAAUUUUUCGUCAUUUGAAGGAGGGGCAGGAAGCUUCAGAGACCCGACCCCCACGCGCGCGCACACACACACGAAGUGAAGGAGGCUGACCUCGUCCCAGACUCAUCUCGCUGUGGUGCAGAAGAAGACAAAAAGCGACCCAAGUCGUCCCAGCUUCCACCAGGCAAGCUCUCGGCUCGACAUGGAAGAAACUUUAAGGACCAACGCUGAAUGGGAAGAAACGCAGUCCGAUUUGGAGCCGAAGGAGCCGCAGUCCGCCCAAGUCAAAGAGGAAGAGGAGGAGGCUGCUGUCAGCGAGUUGCCUCUGUCUGAUGUCUCAGUGAAGAGCGAAGACGAACGGCCCGAGCGGCCGCGGCUUCCGCCGUCGGACGCCCUCUUGGCCCCGCCGUCAGACCGUGACCACGCGCAACAACCCCGGAGCAGCAACGCGGACUGCGAAAGCGACGACAAACUGUCAAGCUGCUCCGAAAAGGAGACGACUCGCGGCAGCAAGAAAACGUCGCGGGGACCCGAGAAACGCGUGACCUGCUCACUUUGUGAUAAAAGUUACACCAAAAAAUCGACAUUGAAUCGACACAUGAGAACGCACACGGGAGAAAAACCCUUUAGUUGCUCGGUUUGCGGCGCCACGUUCUCAAGAAAGCAAAGUUUGGUCACGCAUAUGAGAACGCACACGGGAGAGACACCCUUUUGUUGCUCCGUUUGUGGUAAAAGCUGUGUGACGAGACAAACUUUGGAAGCGCACGUGCGAAUACACACUGGCGAAAAACCCUACGGUUGCUCAUUUUGCGGCAAAGAGUUUUCUCGGAGCGGACCGAUGCUCAGACACAUGAGAAUACACACGGGAGAAAAACCUUUCAGUUGCUCGGUUUGCGGGAAAACCUUCUCGCAAAAGGGAAGCAUGCAGUCGCACAUGCGGACGCACACGGGAGAAAAGCCCUUUAUUUGCUCGACGUGCGGCAAAACCUUCUCUCAAAAGGAGAACAUGAUGACGCACAUGAGGACGCACACGGGGGAAAAGCCUUUCCGUUGCCCGGUUUGCAGCAAAGCAUUCACUCAGAAAGGAAGUAUGGAAUCUCACGUGAGAGGCCACGCGGGUGUGAAGCCCUUUCGCUGCUCAACUUGUGGGAAAUUCUUCUCUAAAAAGCCCCAUCUGGUAUCACACAUGAGAACGCACACGGGAGAGAAACCCUUCAGUUGCUUAGUGUGUGGUGAAAGCUAUGCUCAUAGCGCCAGCUUGACGCAACACAUGCGGAAACACAACACGGAGAAAGAAUAAAUGUCUUUUGGGGCCCUUUGUGACAUUCAAGACUGAGUUGAAGUCAAUGGAAUCCAAUUGGGUUUUAUUUUUCUGUCUAAAAUGUACGCAUUUGUUCUCAUAAGUGGUAUAAAAAUAACACAUUUUCUCAAAA